AUGGUGGCAAUUCACUCCGUAUCAAGUCCCAAUGACGACGCAACCAAAUUCAAUUCAUCCCAUUAUUUCCAGAUCCGCUCGUUACUCAUGCGCUACUUCAUCCUGCCCGUCCUGGUGCUCCUCCCCCUUCUAUGCGUCACCUACAUGUUCCCAUCAAUGGGUUACUGUAGGCAGUUGGGCCCUCCGUUUCCAUUUGGCUCUAUUGAUAUCUUUCACACUGGAGGCUUGUUGGGGAUCCGCACCACCACUGUUCGUCUCACCCUCUCAUUUUCGUGUUGGACACUCUCGGCUAUUCUUUCCAGUGUAAUGUAUUUCAAGCUCCGAACAGGUCUUAUGCAUAAAGCAUCGAGCCACACGAGAAAACUAGCGAAACGAGCGGAACUCUCGAUAUCCGUCACCCUGAUUUCAGCUAUCGCUCCUCUUAUAACCAACACGAUAGUAUCGGUGACAGCUAUCUGGACACCUGAUAUCAUGUACUACUUCACUUUACUCCGUCUAGUUGGCAACGAUUUCGAGACUGUUAUGAUGCCAUGGACACUAUUUCUGACUCACCCGAUAUUUAAAGAGAAGAGAGAGGGACCGAAGAAGAAGAAGAACGUGGUGAAGAAGUCUACUAUGUCGUCUUCAUCUCAAAUCAUGCCCUCCAAUGACUCAAUACAUGGAAUCCAGGCGUAUAAGAAUUUUGUGCCCUUCUUCAACUUUACCACGUUCCAAGCCUUCCUCCCAUUCAUUUAUAUUUUACCAACAACUUAUGUAAUGCUCACUAUACUAUUCAAAUAUCGAAAAGCGAAAGCGACACUGAAUUCCAAUGCAAUGGAUCAUAACAUCUUUGCAUUUAUCAUGUUCUACUUUUUCUUUAACACGCUAUUCUUCUUCGGCGACUACUUUCAUCUGAAUCUUCCAACCACUGGAUUCGUCACUUCUUGGUGUGCUGGAAUUGAGCCGAGUCGUGUGUUUAGUGUGCUCUUGAUUUUCGCAUAUUAUAGUAAUUUUGGUACUAUUAUCUGUCCUUUUUUAGUUUGUCUCAUGAGACUCACUAUUAUGAUGUCACCCAGACACAAUGAAAGGUACUGUCGCCUCAUCAUGUACCGCUUCGCCAUCCCCUUCCUCUUCCUGGUACCCAUCUGUCUAACCGCCUUCAACUUGUUCUCCACCGGAUACUGUAUGCAACUCGACUCCCCAUUUUCGUUUGGAUCGAUUAUCAUUUUCGAAGGAGAAAACUACGCAAAGAUGAAUAUCAUUAUCCAUUUCUCAUUCUCAUGUGUCAUGUUCUCAUCGAACAUCGGGAUGACCACAUUCAUGUUUUAUAAAUUGAGAAUGACACAAAGUAGUACGACGUCUGAGAGGACGAAACAGUUGAAGCGAAAAGCGGAAUUCUCAUUGUUUCUGGCGGUUGUUUCUAGUGUCGUUCCGUUUACUACCAAUUCAAUUUGCUCGGUAUACUUCCUCUUCGACCGCCCGUUAUGGGACUAUGUCCUUUUCCUCCGCCCGAUCGGCAACGACUACGAGACCGUUAUGAUGCCAUGGGUCCUAUUCCUAACCCACCCAAUGUUCCGAUCAAAAAAGAAGACGUCAAAUACGAGUGCGGCGUCAAAUAUGUUCGCUACAAGCAAUACUAAUAGCCAAUCGAGGAAGUCAGCGGCGGUGGUCUGCUAA